CAAGUUCGUACUUGGCGGAGUAUCUUUGCGCGAAAGAGUGUUACUACCACCAGCAGUGCAUUCUUAGCAGCUGUCAGUGAAGAGUCAUAGAAGAUCGCCAAAUAAAACGGUUUUCGUCAUUGGGCCAUUGAUUCAAUGUGUUUACCGUGACAGACAGCAGGGGACUACUUUUGUUGACGUAUCGGCAUCUGUGUGAUUAUUCUGUCCUCUUUUGAUAUUGGACCUUGUUUUUUGAACUUUACUUGUGUCUGGGACUUCACCAACAAUCAUCAUGGAGAGCCUUUAUCAGCGCCUAUUCACCUCGCCCCGGAAGCAGAGGUUCACAACGUAUACGAGCUCAUCCGAGGCGCUCCUGAAGCGCGGCGGCAGCCCACCAUCGACGGCGGCUUCAUCGCGGCUGACCGUACUCACCAACUCUGGCAUCAGCAUCGUGUCGCUCGACCAGCGCCAGAAGAAGAACCAGCGCCCCAACCAGCACGAACUGCAGCAGCUGACGCAACAGCAGCAGCAGCAGCAGCAGCAGCAGCAGGAGGAUCAGCUACAGAAGCAGCAACAGCAGCAGCAGCAAGAGCAAGAACAGCAGCAGCUGGAGCUCCAGCAGCAACAGGAACGCAAACGGCAACAGUACAAGGACGAGAGCAUGGCGACCCAGAGGGAACUGAACCUGCUGCUGGCGGCGGAAUUGGCGCCAGUGGCGUCGCAGGAGGACAAGAAGCUGGCGGCGUCGCAGGAGGCGCACGUGAUCGCGUGCAGCCGCCUGUCUGGCCUUUCUGGGCUGGUCGACACCAAGCAGAUCGACACGGUCGAGGAUGGUGACGUCCCCGCGAGGGUGGGCCGCGGGCGCCUCUGGACACAGGUGCUGGCAUCUGUGUCCGUGUCCAUAGGAUCUCUCGUCGUUGGAUUUUCUUCCGCCUACACAUCACCAGCACUUGCAUCCAUGAAAGCCGACACCAACAGCACGAUCACCGUUGAUAAACAACAGGAAUCCUGGAUAGGCAGCCUGAUGCCGCUGGCGGCCCUGCUGGGAGGCGUCGCAGGCGGCCCUCUGAUCGAAGCCAUCGGCAGAAAGACGACGAUCUUGGCCACGGCCAUUCCGUUCAUCAUCUCGUUCCUGCUGAUCGGGCUGGCCGUGAACGUGCCCAUGAUCCUGGCGGGCCGCUCCAUCGCCGGCUUCUGCGUGGGCAUCGCCUCGCUCUGCCUGCCCGUGUACAUGGGCGAGACGGUGCAGGCCGAAGUGCGCGGCAUGCUCGGCCUCAUCUCGACCACGUUCGGCAACCUGGGCAUCCUGCUGUGCUACGCCAUCGGCAACUGCCUCAACUGGUGGAAGCUGGCGCUCUUCGGCGCCUGCCUGCCCGUGCCCUUCCUCGUCUGCACGUGCUUCGUGCCGGAGACGCCGAGAUGGUACAUCUCCAAGAACAAAAACAAGAGAGCGCACAAGGCACUGCAGUGGCUGAGAGGCAAGGACGCAGACGUCACGGCAGAGCUGCACGAGAUCGAGAAGAACCACCUGGACUCGAUCAAGAACGCACCCGCGUCUGCCCUCGACCUCUUCAACAGGAACAACAUCAAGCCCAUCACGGUCAGCAUAGGCCUCAUGUUCUUCCAGCAGCUUAGCGGUAUCAACGCGGUCAUCUUCUACACCGUCGACAUCUUCAGGGAUGCUGGCAGCACGAUCGACGGAAACCUCAGCACCAUCAUCGUGGGCAUUGUCAACCUCGGCUCCACAUUCAUCGCGACUGCGCUGAUCGACCGCCUCGGCCGCAAGGUGUUGCUGUACAUCUCUGCCAUCUCGAUGAAUCUGUCCCUCCUCGCUCUAGGAGCGUUCUUCUUCCUCAAAGACACGGGAUACGACGUGAAAGACUACGGCUGGCUGCCGCUGGCCAGUUUCGUCAUCUUCGUCAUCGGGUUCUCGCUAGGAUUCGGGCCUAUCCCGUGGCUCAUGAUGGGGGAGAUCCUACCAGCCAAGAUUAGAGGACCGGCAGCGUCCAUCGCCACGGCUUUCAACUGGGCGUGCACCUUCAUCGUCACCAAGACUUUCAGCGAUCUCAAGGAAGCAGUAGGUCCGUACGGAGCGUUCUGGAUUUUCGCCACCAUCUGCUUCUUCUCGCUGAUCUUCGUGAAAUUCUGCGUUCCCGAGACGCAGGGCAAGAGCCUCGAGGACAUCGAGAGGAAGUUCAACGGACCCGUCAGGCGAAUGAGCUCGAUCGCCAACCUGAAGCCUAUGCCGAUGGCCGUCUGACGAAAUUGUAAGGCUCUGUAUAUGAUGUUCUCCGAGCCGUCGCGAGCCGACGACUGCUGGCCGCCCGAGACCGGCGUGGAAUAAAGGAACUGAAAUCAAACUUCCGUUGACUUUGGUGAAUCUCGGGUUAAGGAAACCCCCCCAAGGCUAUUUAUGAUCAAUGUGAUCGCCAUCCACUCACUUCAUGUUGGUCAUCGAACAUCGAUCUUCCAUCACGAGCAACGUCGACGUCAUCACCAUAGGUCUGGCGCAGCAAGAGGGCGCCCAUUAGCCCUUGCACCGCGCCAGUGCAUUGUAAAUAUAUGUAUUACGGGGCCACAAAAUACUGAAGCCAAAUGAGAAUCAAACCAAAUAUGCAAUCAGUCUUUGACUUGUAGAACUAAUGUUUUGAUAUUUUUGUACAAAUAAUUCACCAAGAAAUCAAAUUUAUUUUUUCUUUUACUGUUUCGUAUUGUGCCACGCAGUCUGGAAAGACAAACUUAUACAUACGCUCUUUAAAAGUAGUAAAAUCGCUAUCUUGCAAGCAGAGUGCACAGGACGGGAUGAAACUCUAGCGCACCUGUUUCGUUCUAGAUCUUCAAAAUUUAACUGCUUGAGUUUAUGGAAUUCAGAUCAAAUUAAAACAUCGUCAAAUUCAGAAUUUAGGUAAUCGCCCCUAACAAUCAGACCAAGUAUUCUUUUACAGAACGAAAUUACUGAAUAUAAUUUCAUAAGUGUCCGUGAUGCUGCUUUGUAAACAAACGGAUCAGAAUUUUGUGUAAGCCCAAGGGCAAAAUCGAAGGCUUGUGUGUAUCAUGAUACGAAAAGUAUUAAUUCCAAAUGUACACAGUGUAAUGUUACACAUUUGUACCUGCAAAGCUAACAGAAAAAUGGACAGACAGCAUUGUCAAUGGAAGGUUUUUGUAAAAUUACCAUGGCAUUUCUGUUACCUAAAAUAAAAUGUUAAAUAUUUAUUAGACAA